AUGCACACCAGAGUAGAUCAGACGUUCGAGGUCAUGUUGACACGGGCGGCAGCUCACGCCGAAGCAAUUCAGAGGCUAGUCGAACGGGUGGAUUGUCUCGCUAGAUCGACUGGACCAUUCGAGUAUCAAGGCAACACCGCUCCGCCACCCGAUUUUUCUUGGCCGACCACCGAAGAAAGCUACCCGAUCGUGGCACCACAGGACCUGACAUCAGAGAGGGUGACUCCUCCGUCCACGGUCCCUUCCAGAGACACCGAUGCAGCCUUGACCAAUGCUCUUACUUGGUCAAAGGUUGGCAAGGUUUUUGCUGCGUGCGGAAUCGAAAUCGACGACGACUAUCUGGUCACGGCGGAAGAGAGGCCCAUUUUGCAACUCCGAGCUAUGUGGGACCUGCAACCUGGUCAGCGCUAUGAGGAGGGGCCGGCGAUCUUGGAAUGGAUCAAGGGCAUUCAAACGGGAGGAUCAGACAGGUUGACGAUCAAGUCUCUAUAUGCGGCCUUUUGUCAGAACGUUCUGCACCUGCAGCCAUUCCUAUCAAGCCAAAGGAUCAAACGACUCCUCGAGACGUUUGUCAGCACAUACGGGAGUGGAACGCACAGUCAAGGAGGCCCGAAUCGGAGCGGAAAUGAUGUCGACCGCGUUGGAAGUCUCAAACGCAAACAUGGCACAUAUGCUCAUCCCGGGCAUCGAGUUGACUGCGCCCCGAACAAUGCAAUCGUACUACUCAUGCUUGCGCUGGGUGACACGGCACUGAAAGUGGACGCCGGGCUCGGCGCAGACACUAUUGUGCAUGCCGACACAGGACUUGGAGAUUUUGGGAAUACUCCUGGGCUACCGUACUAUACGAAAGCGGUCGAUCUGAUGGCCGGCCACAUGGAUGGAGACGAUCUUGUCCAUGCUCAGAUGUUCCUGCUUGCCGGUCUCUACAAGGCUCAGCUGUGUCGGAUACGGGAAGCCUCGAGUUGGUACUUUAUGGCCGGCAGGGUUCUGUUGCGUCUGCUCGAUCGACACCUUCUCAUAGCGAAGAAGUACAAUGCCGACAAUAAGCCAUCAUCAGGAGGCGGUAAAUCGGCCUCUACCGCGACUCCAUCCGUGUUGCCACCGCGCGAACGCCUGAUCGUGCUCGCUGCCUGGGCUUGUCUGCGAUUCGAAAGCGAAAUCACUCCCAAGCUAUGUCUUCCAUUGAGUGGAUUGGAACACAUCAAACAACGACUCCCCGUUCCUGAACAUCUUCUCGCAGAGAACAUUACUACCGAUAACAACACCUACUUGGGGAGUAUGUCCGAACUUGCGGCGCUAGAGGCUGGUCGUCUUCAAAAGCUGAACUCCAUGGCACGGGAGGAUUUCCGCUCGGGCGAUAACGUAAACUCUUCACCCGAGCGAUUGCGCGUUAUGAUGAAGAGUCAUAUCGCAGCUUUGGGUGAAUGGAGAAUGUCUCUGCCAGAGAAGUUACGGUGGACCGACCAAGCUCCGCCUCCAAAUUGCAACGUCACUGCCUCCUUUCGAAGAAGCUACUGGGAAGCCAAGGUUGCUCUUCUCAGGCCAUAUCUCUACUAUGCAUUACACGUGCUUCCGGACACACAGCACGCAGAGAACAUAUGUCUUCCAGCGGAGGUAGAUCGAGAUAUCAAAUUCGCACACGAUGCACAGAUUUUUGCCGCCGUUCACGCUUCGAUGAUGAAGUAUGGAAAGAGCGAGAUCCUGCGUAUGUCAGCUCUCUGCAUAGAAGCAGCGAAGCACAGUAUUUUGGCAUUCGAUGGCAUCAAAGGGAACCUGGUCCUGACCAAUAUCCCAAGUGUUGCCCAUGGACAGUUUAUGAACGUGCUGCUAUUGACGGCUGCACAUCGUGACAACGGAGUUCGACGAUUCAUCUCAGCCUCCGAGCUCAAGCGUUUCAUGGACAAGACAAUCGAGUUCACGCAGCGGUUCGCAUCGCUCUCACCGACUUGCGCAGCAGACUGCGCGUUAUUGCUACGAAUCAGGAAGACGUUGUUUGGUCAGCCUGAAGYAUUCGCCGUUUGA